AUGCGUGAGGGUGCAACCGGGGGUGGAGAUUCCUUCCCAGUGGAAAGGUUAUCUUAUAUUGAUGGCGUAAAAGACGAGAGUAAUGACGAGUACACUCUGCUCACAAAAGAGGAUUUACUGAGAUUAGACGCUGAGCAGCCAAUUUGGCGUCGGGUGCGAAUUGCACUCAUUGCUCUAUUUUGGGUGGUGUGGGUUUGUCUCAUAGUCGUGUCCAUCCUCUACAUUGUGCUAACACCGAAAUGCCCACCACGACCGGUGCAGUCGUUCUGGCAAUCGAAGGUUGGCUACUGGGUUAACCCGUUCGCGUUCAAGGACUCGGAUGGCGACUUGGUCGGCGAUCUGAAAGGUUUGUUGAGCGCCGGUGACUACAUCCAGGAGAAUGUGGGUGCCGGUUUUCUUGUUUUGACGUCCAUGUCACCGCUGUAUCCGAAGAUUUUGCCGGAGGUGGAUAGCGUGUCCUUUGCGAGCAUUCACCCGGCGCUGGGCACCAUGGAGGAUUUUGGCGCCUUGCUGCGUGGCUUCAAGAAGAGGGGCAUGCAGACUGUGAUCUCGCUUAACUUCAAUGCGGUACCGCUGAACCAUGAGCUUGCAAAACCGGCCUAUCUGGUUUCUGCUACGCCUGAAGACAAGUUUUGCCGUGCGGGUAAUGGGAGCGCGGAAUUGAUGGAUGGCGCGAUGUUCUACUCGACCUACGGAAGUGGUUCGGGUGUGGUGGAUUUGAAUCUGAAGUCGCCUGAGGUGAUGGAGAAGGUGAAGAACGUGACAAGAUUUUGGUUGCACAAGGGUGUGGACGGCAUUCUGCUGUCCGAUGCUGCGUUCUUUGUAGAGGAGGGCACGUGUGCCUCGGAUAAGUGGUUGAGCAGCUUUCCCACCUGCAAGCUCUACACAAAUGGGACGGUGGGGGUGAUUCAGGAGCUGCGAAAGGUUGUCGAUGAGGUGUCGAGUGAGACCUCGCGUCCGAGAGUGCUUAUCGCCGAUCCCGGUAACACUGGGUAUGGUGCAUCGACGAAGGAGGACGCGGAGAAGUUGUUGGGCACGGAGGAGGCUCCAGGAGCGCAUCUGGUGAUCAGUCGACAAUUUGCAUUCCAGCGUGGAUUCCAUGGUGAGGAAGGUGGUGCUGCCAAAGUGCAGAGCUACUUGGAAACAACUGAAGUGACUUUGCGGAGCCAGUUAGCAUUAGUGACUGCCUCGCCGAGUGACAAGCCGUACACAAGUGUUUAUUCGACCGCAUCGAUGUUUUUGUUGCCGGGUACGCCUGUGAUUUACGCUGGAACUGAAAUAGGCUGGACUCCGUCGAGUGUCAUGCCACCGUCAAUGCUGUAUCCGUUUGGCCAAUUGCCUGUUGUGGAUAGCGUGAGUAGCCACCUACCGAUGCCGUGGGAUUCGCACGGUGGAGGCUUCUCCGACUCGGUGAACGUGAGUAAAGCCUACAGUGCCUACACUGCUGGUCUGAAAGUAGUGGAGACAGUUGAGGUAAUUUACUGCAUUGGCAGCUGGUCGUGGUGCGAGUAUGUUCAGUCUGACUGCCUCCUUGGUGCAACUUCACAAGGAGUAUCCAAGCCUCCUAUGGGGUUCCCUCAACGCUACGAUGAAUGUACCCAAGGUUGUUGUGUUGUUGUUGUUGUUGCUGCUGCUGCUGCUGAGGCUUUGGUUCGGGCAAAGGAUGUGGAGGUGUUCAAACGCAGUGCGACCGGUUUUGACAGCAUUGUGGUUGUGAUGGUGGGGACCGAGGGCGGAAGUUCGGUGUUGGAUUUGUCGUCGGAUUGUUCAUCCCUAGUUCCGUUGGUUGUCUAUCCGCCCAGUGAUGCGUUCGCGACAGGAGUAGAGCUGUCCAGUUUGAAGGUGUACUUCCAAUCGGGGAAGGAGUGCAGUCUCUACGUCUUCAAGUGUGGUGUUUAG